CUUUUGGUUACUCCUCGGGUAGGCUUACAAAUCUUCGGCAGCUCCUACAAACAACUCAUCUCUCGGAAUUUAAUUUUGCGGUCAUGUUGAUAUCUGAUCGGAUAUUGCUCAAGGUCAUUGUUCUCGGCGAUAGUGGGGUUGGAAAGACAUCUUUGAUGAAUCAAUACGUUUAUAACAAAUUCAGCAAACAAUACAAGGCGACGAUCGGUGCCGAUUUUGUGACGAAAGAGUUACAUAUAGACGACAAGCUCGUGACGUUGCAAAUAUGGGACACAGCUGGACAAGAAAGGUUUCAUAGCCUUGGAGUUGCUUUUUAUAGAGGGGCUGAUUGUUGCAUUCUUGUUUAUGAUGUCAACAUUCAGAAAACUUUUGAAACCCUACAAACUUGGCAUGAAGAGUUUCUAAAACAGGCCGAUCCAAGUGAACCCGAGAGCUUCCCAUUUGUGUUGCUAGGGAACAAGGUGGAUACACACGGAGGGAGCAGUCGAGCUGUUUCCGAGAAGACAGCAAGAGAGUGGUGUGCUUUGAAGGGAAACAUACCGUACUUCGAGACAUCUGCAAAAGAGAAUUACAACGUCGAUGCUGCCUUCCUUUGUGUUGCAAAAACGGCACUUGCCAAUGAACAUGAACAUCAAGAUGUAAAUGAAAUGUAUUUUCAGAGAAUUCCAACAACAAUUUCAGAAACCGAGCAAGAAAGAAGUUGUGUCUGUUGAUCUCUCUCGAAUUCAACAAAGAUUUCCAGACUUAGGUUUUAUCGUUUAAAAGUUAACAGUUUUUUUGGUUACAAAAUUGAUUUUUAUAUUUAAUUUGUUAUCAUUGUUAAAGAAAUUGAUGAUAUAU